CCGAAAUGCAUUGUGGGUCACUAGUAUACGAACGAACUGACGGUGAUGGACCUAACCCUAAAUACAGAGACGGAGAACUUUUUUGUAUCGCAACACCGUUAUGUGUGCUGUUAGAACACCGGAUUUGUCACGAAUGUCUCCCUUAGGUAUCUUCCUUUGGAGUCAGAACCGAAAAGUUGCAACUUUUAGUAGAAAAGGCCGGUUUUAAGGUCAGUUUGUUGGCGCGGUAUUCAGGCAAAAAGCGCGAUGAGUAAGCUGUCUUUCAGAGCCCGUGCCUUGGAUGCUACAAAGCCUAUGCCCGUAUAUUACAAACAUGAGUUAUCGGACCUUCAGGAUUACUCUGUUCUUAACCGGGCAGUCCCGCAAAUGCCUUCUGGAAUGGAAAAAGAAGAGGAAUCGGAGCACCAUCUUCAGCGAGCCAUAUCUGCACAACAAGUAUAUGGAGAUGCAAAAGUCAUGGUCAUACCAGUUCCUGAAGCUGAGAUAUCACUGGAAUGUUACAACAACUUGUAUAAGAAGUCUUUUAAGUUGCCAAAGCACUAUGUUCACAACCAAGCACAAGCCCUCAAUUCCAUACUUGAUCAAGAAAGACCGGAUUACGACAUGGAUAGUGAUGAUGAAACUUGGCUAAGAGCAACAAACAAGAAAGCUGGGUUGGAUAUUACAGCUCUGCAGUUUGAAGAAAUGAUUGACAGAUUGGAAAAAUCAUGUGGAACACAGAUGGUUCCACUACAAGAAGCAAAGUUGUUGCUUAAAGAAGACGAUGAAGUGAUAAAAGCAGUUUACGAAUACUGGACCACAAAAAGAUCUCGUGAGAAGGGACCUUUGGUGUUUCAAGUACGGCAGGAGAGGCGAGAUGGUUCAUCAACUAAUGAUUGUUACGUUGCAUUUCGUCGUCGAACAGAGAAAAUGCAAACAAGAAAGAAUCGCAAAAACGAUGAGUCAUCGUAUGAAAAGAUGUUAAAGUUAAGACGGGACCUGAGUCGUGCUGUGACGAUACUUGAGAUGGUGAAACGACGAGAGAAAAGUAAACGUGAACAUCUUCAUUUAACUGUGGAAGUAUUUGAAAAGAGGUACCAGAUGAAGGAUUGGGAUGGGAAAGCUCUCCGAGCGAUUCGUAAAGAAUCGCUGAGUCAGCGUGCUCGAUACCGACCCGUAAAACGAAAACGACGAAUCAGCACUGUGCUGCAGAAUGCUUUAAAGAAGAAGCAAUUAUCUGCUUUGCCUUCUAUUUCCAAAGGAGAAAUUUCAAACAGGGAGUCAAAAGUUAUAGGGAAGAAAUUAAAGAAAAAGCGUCAAAAUUUGCAACCUACCACUAUCUCAGUACAAGCUUCAAAUAAAGUAGAUAAUGCAGCUACUCGCUCAACAGAAUUCAACAAUCAUACCCCGGUUGCCCUGACAACAAACAACAGAGGAUUAUCGUAUCAAGAAGUUGUUGACACCAUGACUCAGUACGAGUAUCCUCCCUCAAGUGACGAAGAUGUCAAAAGUCCACUUGUUGAUGCACAUGGUGAAGCAUCUGAUGCAAAGAAACUCGCUGACGGAAUUUUUACUUUCCGACGGAAACCUGGUUGCUUGUAUUAUGCGCCCCAUGAUAUAAUGGUUGGAGAUUGGCCGUGGAUGAAUGAAAGUAAAUUCCGAUAUUCACUCACUUCUUUAAGUAGACCUGAAAAAUGUGUUGGAUUUGCAAGGAGAAGGAUGGGUCGUGGGGGUCGCGUUAUGCUUGACCGAGCUCAUCACCCCCAUACAAAACAACUGGAGAAGUUAGACAUUGACCAGGACCAUCUACCACCUACACCCAGCUUACAACGUUUGUUACAAGAUAUCAAACAAAAUCGUUGGAAGCAUUUUAAACCUUCGCAAGCUGACCGCACCAAGUUACCUGCUGCAUCUGAAGGUGAAACAACCUCUGACCCAGUUUUACCCGUCCAAGUUACACCACAUAAAACUGAACAUAGAGUUACAAUGAAAGUGCCAACCAGAACUCCUCAUUCGAAAUCCAAAGCAAGACAAAGUUUGAAUUCUCGACCUACUUUAAAAAGACAGUUAAGUGCGUUGGAUAAAUCAUCAGCAAGUUUUGCAACCACAGCUCUCCUUACACCAUCAACACCCCAACAAUCAACCAAUAUUACGAGAGUUCACAGUUCCAAGUUAAACUCAAAGAUGACAAACGAGAACUUUCACCCGAAGUGCGUUACAUGCGGUGGCAUCGUCACAGCAACACCAAGUGUUACAAAUACAAGGACUACAAGUUUUAAAUGUUCAAGUUCCGAAACGAUCCCACGAACUUCGACCUUUCACCCUCGAACGACCGUACUUCCUGCCACAGUAACCCUGACAACCCCACGUGGUGGAAAUCACCCGCCAGGUGUUCCUGCGUUGCUGAGGAUAAGUGGGUCGGGUGCCAUGAUGGGUAACACAGUAAUUUACCCACAGUUAGCUGAUGACGCAGGCAAGCACCCUGUCACUGUUGCAACCACACCAACAUCAAGGAGAGGAAACAGGAGUUUAAACGUUGCGCUACCAGCAAGCAUGCUUACCUCCUUUAAAACCGAGGUUUCAGGUUUCCGUGCUACUCAGUCUGCUCCAAGCUCACCUAAAUCCCUCCCACAUGAUGGCAGCAAUGGUACAGUGUUGCCUACUAAACGUGGCUCGAAGACGAUCAGUUUAAAUGUGGGAAACACCGUCUCCUCCACUAUUGGACCAGCGUUAAGUGGCAAUCGUAUCACAAUUGCAAGAAACAAACUGAAAGUUGGUGGUGGUGCUGUGUUUUCUGUUGCCUUGCCAACCAAUAAAACCAUCUCCACGGCGCCUACAAGUGGCGAAACCAUUACAAUGGUGAGCGAUGUUAAUUUUCUCAGCAAGGAGGUAAAAGCGAAUACCUUCACGGAGUCACCAUCCUCAGAUAAGAUCAACCAGAUUAGUAUUUCCACCGAUACCAACCAUUUAGCCGUGCCAUCUACUGCAUCUUCUGUUGUCUUAGAACCCUUGGUAACAACGAACUCCGUUCCAGUGAAAAAACCAAAACCUGCACAACCUAUGGAGGUAACAUGAGGUUGACAAUAGGGGACGAGAAAACUCGUGCUCUCUAUCUCUCCCGAGUGGCAGCGAAGGUGUUUCAGCAUCAUUAUUUUCUUUCGCUAUGCACUAGCAGUUAACCGUGUUUUAGUACAAAUUAUGUUGAAGGCUUUUUAGAACCGACAGAACACUAAUCAACUACUGCCUCUAGUAUGACAGGUUCUAGUUCUAGCUGUAGUGUCAUUCAAACAAGCAAAUCUAUCUUGACAGAGCUAACAAGUUUUCUAGAAAAUGUUAAAAUUCCCAACAAGUAAUUUGAUAUUUAAAUCAGAAGAGGCGACAAAGCGAUGAAUUCACAAUCUCACCAUUAUGACAUCACUAUUGCUAUGUUUGUAUGAGGAAUGAUCCUACUAGAUAAUAAAUAAAAAACUCUUAAA